UUCAUUUUUCAUUAUUGAUUGACAAACUUUAUAACUUACAUAACGCAUCGAAUUCUUGGCUUGACUAGUUUAAAAUUUGGUUAGUUUUGUAAAAAGUAGUCAAAUUGAAUGCAUUGCAUGUCGUGACUUUAAAGAACAAAGCAGGGAAGCGGUGACGUGUGGGACAAAACGCAUUGAAUUUAGGUUUAUUCAUUGUACAUGUAACUAAUUAAAUUUCAUAUUGUGUCGUCACUUAACUUCUUUUACGAGUCUCCAGCAGAUUCCAUACAAUCCUAUGGAAGUAGAAGAAAUACAUAAUUGCAUGCAUAAGAAUAAGUAUGUAAAAUCGGUGUAUGUAUUCAUCCCCGGUUUGAUUAAUAAAUAUGUUUUCUGGGACGACGUUUCGUAAUGGAGGCGGAUUUGAUUAAAUCUUCUACUAGAAUUCAGAUCCUAAUAACUUUGACAGGUUUCACAGGAAAGAAGAAAGUUGUCAACUUUCAGAUUGGGCAAAGCUGCUGAUGGAUAAUGAAACUCUAUAUAUGUACAUACGUACAUAAGCCUCCACGUAACGUAAUAGCGGACAAGUUUUCAUGAAGAAAAUUUCUACUGAUUUCUAUUACGAUCGAUACUUGAUUGUUAUUACAAAAGUUGUAGUACAUAAUGAUUCCAAGGAAAUGAUUGCGCCUCAUUUAACUCAAGACGAAUGAAAGGAAUCGAUAGUAUAAGUACAUUUCUUCACAUAUUGAACGAUUCUUGAGGUUACACAAAUGUAUCAAUCAACUCACUCGCUCGGGGCCUUUGACCAAGGUGACGAUGAAUGGCCUCGCCGCUUACAUAAAUUACAUAACCCGUAAUUAGUAAUAUCUUGAAAAUUUCGAUUCUUUGAAUACAUAAUUUUUCUAAUUUUAACCCCCACUUUUAAAAGAGCUUUAUCCAAUUAAGCUCGUAACCCUUGAUUACAUUACACAACGUACACUCCACCUCAAUUUGGCACUCAAGUAGGGAGAAGAGCAUGUAGAGAAAUGAGAAUCAUUUCAACAGGCCAUGACAUGAAUAUGGGGGCAUAUAAGCGAGUUUCCUUUCCUUCCUUUUCUCUCAAAAAGUAUAGCAGAACACAAAUUAAUUACAACUUUCUCUGCAACAAUGUCACCAAAUUAAUUAAGUUUCUCUUCAACAACAACAGAGCUACCAUUGUGACUCAAGUUUCUCUGACUUGGAAUUUCCUCCCACGCUAAUUAUUUCUCUCCUUCAAUAAUGGUAAACAUUUUGGAGAAAUCAGUUUCAAAUUGAAUUCAGGACCAAAUAAAGUUCGAUCCGACCGACACAACCUUCAGCUUCGAGAAGUUUCCAUCCAUCAGAAAUAUAUAGAUCAUGGAUGGAUGGAUGGAUGGGUUGAUUUGCUGAUUGAGAACUUGUACGGCACGUAACGCUCCUUUUCCCGUGUCCAUAAUUACGUCCCCUCCUGUCCCCAUUAUCUCCGUGAUUAUCGGUAUCCCCAUUAUCUAUCUAUGGGUGUAUGAAUGUCCCAUGAAAUGAGGAAGGAUGACUAUAUGGUAUGAUCACCUAUAGCUAACUAACCAUAACUUCGAUUUUGUGAUGCAAACAAAUUAAAGAGAAAUUAUAUUAUGUAACUUGUCCAGUUUUCACUCACUUUUGCCGUCCUAUUUUAGUAAACAUGGUGAAUUAAUAAUAGGGUAAAAUUAAACUGUGAAUAUCUAGGAAGUAGUUAGUGAACAAUCGUCUGGAUAUAUGUAUAAGUUGUAUUGCAUGGAUAAAUUAUUUUAAAUCACUAUACACCAUAAAGUGCGACAAAGCUAGAUAUAUGUCACCACCACUUUCUCCCUGUUCUAAGACUUGAUCUAACCGCACAAUGGAAACCACAACCCCCAUCCCAGGAGGAUUGAACUUUACCAUUUCCAAAACAUGGGACGGUGGUGUGCCCUCCGACCACAGCGAGAUCCACAUCAAACUAACCCUCCAAGGGGAAGAAGACGCUCAAACUUUACUCAUCCAGGUGGACGCCCCCUUCUUCAAUGAUCCCCAGCCCCCCGCCUCGCUUUCUCCGCCCGGGUCAACUCCCCAACUUUGGGACUAUGAGGUCGUGGAGUUGUUCUUUCUCGGGGAUGAGGACAAGUACUUGGAGGUCGAGCUGGGUCCGAGAGGCCACUACCUCGUCCUUCAACUCCACGGCGUUCGCAACAUUAUCCGCGAGCAUUUACCUUUGGACCGAUACGUGACCGAGGUGCGUGGGACACGAUGGUUUGGCGAGGCAAGCGUCCCCCUCGCAUAUUUUCCACACAACGUCCACUCCACCAAUAUGUACGCCAUUCACAAGUCGGACCCUCACCGAGUUUACAUGGCAUUGUCACCCGCAGUGGAUAAUUCCAAGUGUCCCCAUUCGAGCCCAGAUUUCCACAGAUUGCAAUAUUUCCAACAUAUCGAUCUCUUCCCGAGAUUAUGCAAGGGAGACGAGGCGGUUGGAUAACUCUGAUGACUAUGUAGCAACUAAUCAUUAAAGUCAUUACAUACCGUCGCAUUACUGAUAACAAAGCGCAAAUGCAUGCACUGAGGAGCUACUUAUCCAGUGAAAUAGAUAUGUAUGUAUGUAUGAGAGGUUUGAAUUCUGAUUGAUGUUUCUACAACUGUUUGUGAUUGCAACGAGAGGCGUAAAAUUUUCUUAUAUAACAUGACCAUAAUUUUGUAUAUGGAAAUAAAUAAAUAAUAUUCUGUGAAAAAUAAGUAGAA